UCGGGGCGGGCCUGGGGCGGACCUGGACCGGUGCGGGGCCGGGUCUGGGCCUGGCCCGGGGGGCUGAGCGCGUCCCCCAUGGAGGCCGGAGAGGAGCCACUGCUGCUGGCUGAACUCAAGCCUGGGCGGCCACACCAGUUCGACUGGAAGUCGAGCUGCGAGACCUGGAGUGUGGCCUUCUCCCCCGACGGCUGCUGGUUCGCCUGGUCCCAAGGCCACUGUAUUGUUAAGCUGAUCCCCUGGCCGCUAGAGGAGCAUUUCAUCCCCAAAGGAUUCGAAGCUAAAAGCCGGAGCAAGAGUGACCCCAAAGGGCGAGGCAGCCCCAAGGAGAAGACCCUAGACUGCGGCCAGAUCGUCUGGGGCCUGGCCUUCAGUCCUUGGCCUUCGCCCCCCAGCCGGAAGCUCUGGGGACGCCACCAGGCCCAGAGCCCCGAUGCCGCCUGCCUGAUCCUCGCCACGGGCCUCAACGACGGGCAGAUCAAGAUCUGGGAGGUGCAGACUGGCCUCCUGCUUCUAAACCUCUCCGGGCACCAGGACGUGGUACGGGACCUGAGUUUCACACCCAGCGGCAGCUUGAUCCUGGUCUCCGCAUCCCGGGACAAAACUCUUCGUAUCUGGGAUCUGAACAAACAUGGGAAGCAGAUCCAGGUGCUGUCGGGCCACCUGCAGUGGGUAUACUGCUGCUCCAUCUCCCCAGACUGCAGCAUGCUGUGCUCAGCUGCUGGAGAGAAGUCGGUCUUCCUCUGGAGCAUGAGGUCCUACACUCUGAUCCGGAAGCUGGAAGGCCACCAGAGCAGCGUGGUGUCCUGUGACUUCUCGCCAGACUCCGCCCUGCUGGUCACGGCCUCCUAUGACACCAACGUGAUCAUGUGGGACCCCUACACCGGCGAGAGGCUCAGGGCACUCCACCACACCCAGCCUGAACCCCCCAUGGACGACAGUGACGUCCACCUGAGCGCCCUGAGGUCCGUGUGCUUCUCCCCAGAAGGCCUGUACCUCGCCACAGUGGCAGACGACAGGCUCCUCAGGAUCUGGGCCCUGGAGCUGAAAUCACCCAUUGCAUUGGCACCGAUGACCAACGGGCUUUGCUGCACCUUCUUCCCGCACGGAGGAGUCAUUGCCACUGGGACGAGGGAUGGCCAUGUCCAGUUCUGGACGGCCCCCAGGGUCCUGUCCUCACUGAAGCACUUAUGCCGGAAGGCCCUUCGGAGCUUCCUCACCACCUACCAAGUGCUUGCACUGCCGAUCCCUAAGAAGAUGAAAGAAUUUCUCACCUACCGGACUUUCUGAGCCCUGCGGCUUGGGGU